UAGCCUCCGUUGUAAAAUGCUAUGACAACAGGGCGAAGAUGGCUUGGACUUAGGCUGGAGUCGGGAGGUGUCUCUUCCACAGGCUGUAGGUUUUCUGCAGCGUCCGGCUCACUGCCUCUUCCAUGGUUUACUGUGUGUGAGCAGCCGGACUUGGAGUCGUUCUCUGCCUAGCGGCUUCCGAGGGCUCGAUGCGGUUUCCCCUGCUUGUCUCUCGGGGAUGACAGGGGUGCAGGACAGCUUCUUGGAGGGACUCGCUCUAACUCAGAGGAGCUGGUGUUGCUGCUUGGCGGGGCUCUCUUUGCCUGGGGACGAGGAAAACUUCGGACAAGAGAACACGAGGGAGUAGUGGAGGAUUGCUUUUCCCUGCACCGCGUGUUUCCUCUGUUCAUUCCCUGGGAUUCUCUUCAGGCGUUCUUAAAGGGAAGUUUGCGGACAGUGGGGUCACAGAAAGAGGAGGCAAAGCCCACUUGUUGGCAUCAGGGUGAAAGAAAAUGUCUUUAUUUAAAGCCCGUGAUUGGUGGUCUACUAUACUGGGAGAAAAAGAAGAAUUUGAUCAAGGAUGCUUGUGUCUGGCUGAUGUUGACAAUAGUGGGAAUGGGCAAGAUAAAAUAAUCGUCGGCAGCUUUAUGGGAUACUUAAGAAUCUUUAACCCCCAUCCUGUAAAAACAGGAGAUGGGACACAAGCUGAAGAUUUGCUCCUAGAAGUGCAUCUACGAGAUCCAAUACUUCAAGUGGAAGUAGGAAAGUUUGUUUCAGGCACUGAAAUGCUUCAUUUGGCUGUAUUGCAUUCUAGAAAACUUUGUGUCUACUCUGUCUCAGGAACCUUGGGUAAUGUGGAACAUGGAAACCAAUAUCAUAUCAAAUUAAUGUAUGAGCACAGUCUCCAGAGAACAGCCUGCAAUAUGGCGUAUGGGCCAUUUGGUGGUGUAAAAGGUCGAGAUUUAAUUUGUAUCCAGUCAAUGGAUGGAAUGUUAAUGGUGUUUGAGCAGGAAAGCUAUGCUUUUGGGAGGUUUCUUCCUGGUUCUCUUCUGCCUGGCCCUCUUGCUUACAGUUCCCGGACAGAUUCCUUCAUUACUGUCUCUUCCUGCCAACAGGUGGAAAGUUACAAGUACCAAGUACUUGCUUUUGCAACAGAUGUGGACAAGAAACAAGAGACUGAACAGCAAAAACUUGGUUCUGGAAAAAGACUAGUUGUGGAUUGGACUCUGAAUAUUGGAGAGCAAGCCCUUGAUAUAUGCAUUGUCCCUUUCAAUCAGUCUGCAUCUUCUGUCUUUGUCCUUGGUGAGAGGAAUUUUUUUUGUCUUAAGGAUAAUGGGCAAAUUCGAUUCAUGAAGAAGCUUGACUGUAACCCAAGUUGUUUCCUCCCAUAUUGCUCAGUUUCGGAAGGAACAAUAAAUACUUUGAUUGGAAACCAUAACAACAUGUUGCAUAUUUAUCAGGAUGUGACACUGAAGUGGGCCACUCAGCUUCCCCACGUUCCCGUGGCAGUAAGAGUGGGGUGUUUACAUGAUUUAAAGGGAGUGAUAGUGACUCUCAGUGAUGAUGGUCAUCUGCAGUGUUCAUAUCUGGGGACAGACCCCUCUCUAUUCCAAGCUCCAAAAGUCGAAUCUAGAGAACUCAACUAUGAGGAACUUGAUGGAGAAUUGAAAGAACUUCAGAAAAUCAUCAAAGAUGUUAAAUCACAAGGUGUUUGGCCCAUGACUGAAAGAGAAGAUGACUUAAAAGUUUCUGCUGUAGUUUCUCCUAACCUUGAUUCAGUGUCUCAAGCCGCUAAUGUUGAAGUUGGAACCGACUCUGUCCCGUCCAUCACAGUGAAGGUUACCCUGCAGAAUCGAGUGGUAUUACAAAAAGCCAAACUGUCAGUCUAUGUGCAGCCACCAUUAGUGUCGACUUGUGAUCAGUGCACCUUUGACUUUACAGUUCCAGAGAUGACAAGCACAGUAGCCUUUUCUGUUUAUCUGAAAAGAAGUUACACACCAUCUGAAUUGGAAGGAAAUGCUGUUGUUUCUUAUUCCAGACCAACAGAUCGAAAUCCUGAUGGUAUUCCUCGGGUUAUCCAAUGUAAAUUUAGACUUCCCUUGAAAUUAAUCUGCCUACCGGGUCAGCCUUCAAAAACUGCAAGCCACAAACUCACUGUUGAAACCAAUAAGUCUCCAGUCAGUCUGCUCAGCCUCUUCCCAGACUUUGCCAUUCAGUCAGAUGAUGAUCAGGUGAACGUGAUGGGUUUUCGUCUCUUAGGAGGCUCCCGAGUUACUCUUCUUGCUUCCAGAACUUCUCAGCGAUACCGCAUCCAGAGUGAACAAUUUGAAGACCUUUGGCUCGUAACCAAUGAACUUACUUACCGCCUUCAGGAAUACUUUGAAAAACAGGGAAUCAAAGAUUUUGCAUGCUCUUUUUCUGGAUGUUUGCCCCUUCAAGAAUAUUUUGAAUUGAUUGAUCAUCAUUUUGAGCUGCGGAUAAAUGGUGAAAAACUAGAAGAACUCUUGUCUGAAAGAGCUGUACAAUUUCGGGCCAUCCAACGCCGGCUCUUAACAAGAUUCAAAGAUAAAACGCCAGCCCCACUCCAACACCUGGACACCCUGCUAGAUGGAACUUAUAAACAGGUAAUCGCUCUAGCAGAGGCAGUUGAGGAAAACCAACACAGUCUGUUCCAGUCGUUUGCCAGGCUGAAGAGUGCCACCCACCUGAUGAUUCUGCUGAUCAGGCUGUGGCAGAAGCUGAGUGCUGAGCAGACCGCUAUUCUGGAAGCAGCAUUUCUGCCACUGCAGGAAGAUACGCAGGAACUGGGCUGGGAAGAAAUGGUGGAUGCUGCCAUCGCCCAUCUAUUGAAAACCUGCCUGUCAAAGAGUUCCAAGGAGCAGGCUUUGAGCCUCAGCAGCCAACUGAACAUACCCAAAGACACGAGCCAACUGAAGAGACACAUCACCUUGCUCUGUGAUCGAUUAGCCAAAGGUGGGCGUCUCUGUGUGAGCAGCGAUGCUGCAGCCUCACAGGCCAUGGUCAUGCCAGGGGGCUGCACUCCAAUCCCAGAAUCAGACCUAGAGGAGAGAUCACUAGAAGACUCCACAGAACUGUUUACCAACCACAACCACCUCAUCACAGAGACCCCCCAUGCCUGUUUCAGCCCUCCAAGGAGUUUUGGAACAGUCAGAGCAAAGUUAACUAGUUGGAAGGAAGAUGCCCCUCCUGAGGCUGACCUGCGUGAGCAUCGUACUCAACAGACAUAGCACCGGCCCUGGUGCUGCAUCAAGCUCACCCCUGGGGGUGACUGCGCCAGGAUGGGGCCAGAGAGUUUUAUUUCACUAAGAGGACUUGGAAUAUCAUAGGCAGGUCAGCUGAAAGACAAAAUUGGUCUCUUCUUCCCAGGAAGCUUGUGCUGCUGUUAGUCAUUUGUGACUUGUUGUCAGAGGGUAUACCAGGGUGUCACGGUUGGGAGACAAACUUUAUAAUGCAGGGAUCCAGAUAUAAAAUAAUUUGAUAGUGCAUUUUUUCACAGAAUUCUUAUGUAGUAAAUGAAUCAACUUUAAUAAAGCAUCCUAUUGUCAAACAAUAACUUGGACUUAAUUUAUAA